AUGGAAAUCAGGAGGGAUGAUGAUGAAAGUGAUCCUCAGGAGGUUUCUCUGCAGAUUGCAGCAGCAAGCAAUGGCUUUGGUCACAGCAUAGAGUUGAUGUCUCAGCCUAAUUACCUUAUCAAUAACAUCAACAACAACAUGUUGUCUGAGAUUGACAUUGUGAUUGAUCAUUCCACUCUUAACCAGGAUCGUCCUGUCCCCAUAUUUCUCAAGUUUGAGGAUGUAGAGUACAAGGUGAGGAACAGCCGUGCGGUGUCCAAGCUGAAGAAAACGGUGUCAAAGGUGGCCACACAAGUCAGUGAAAGCCAAGACAGAUACAAGAAAAUCUUGAAGGGUAUAACUGGAUGCAUAGGUCCUGGUGAGAUCCUUGCUCUCAUGGGUCCUUCUGGCAGUGGCAAGACAACCUUGUUGAAAGUCAUCGGCGGAAGACUAGCUGACAAUGUCAAAGGAAAAGUUACUUACAAUGAUGUUAAAUACAAUUCUGCUAUUAAGAGAAGAAUUGGAUUUGUGACACAAGAUGAUGUUCUGUUCCCACAACUUACAGUGGAAGAAACAUUAGUCUUCUCGGCAUUCUUAAGGUUGCCAUCCAACAUGAGCCAACAACAAAAAUCUGAGAGAGUGGAGGCAACUCUAAAGGAUCUGGGCCUUGAAAGAUGUCGGCACACAAAAAUAGGAGGAGGAUUUAUCAAAGGCAUAUCAGGAGGGGAAAGGAAGAGAACCAGCAUAGGGCAUGAGAUUCUUGUGGAUCCUUCGCUGCUUCUACUGGAUGAGCCAACUUCAGGCCUUGAUUCCUCUUCAGCAAACAGACUCCUUCUCACUCUUCAUGGACUCGCAAAGGCUGGAAGGACAAUAAUCACAACAAUUCAUCAGCCAUCCAGCAGGAUUUUUCACAUGUUUGACAAACUUCUUCUGAUAUCAGAAGGCUAUCCAAUUUAUUAUGGGAAGGCUAGAGAUUCAAUGGACUAUUUCUCAUCUUUGGGGUUCAUCCCAGACAUACCCAUGAAUCCUGCAGAGUUCUUGCUUGACUUGGCCACUGGACAAGUGAAUGACAUAAGCAUUCCAGAAGACGUUUUGGAACAUCAAGAAUCUGAUGACCCUUCAACAGGUGUCAUAAAACAUCUACAACUCAAGUACAAGAGUUUACUGGAGCCGAGGGAGAAAGAAGAGAACCAUGGAGCAGUAAAGGCACCAGAACAUCUACAAGUAGCCAUUCAAGCUAAGAAGGAGUGUACAUUAAGUUGGAUAGAUCAAUUCAGGGUUGUGUCAAUGAGAACAUUCAAAGCAAGAUGCAAAGACUACUUUGAUAAGGUCAGACUAAUUCAAGCACUUGGAGUUGCAGUCUUGCUGGGCCUUCUUUGGUGGAAAUCUUCAACCCACACAGAGGCUCAACUCAGAGAUCAGGUGGGGUUAAUGUUCUAUAUCUGUAUAUUCUGGACAUCUUCGUGUAUCUUUGGAGCAGUAUAUGUGUUUCCAUUUGAAAAGAUAUAUUUGGUGAAAGAAAGGAAAGCAGACAUGUACAGAUUAAGCGUAUACUACGCAAGCAGCACUCUGUGUGAUAUGAUAGCUCAUGUGUUCUACCCUACUUUUUUCAUGCUUAUCGUGUACUUAAUGGCUGGCUUCAAGAGAACUGUCACUGCCUUCUCCCUCACACUACUCUCUGUGCUUCUGAUAGCCAUUACCAGUCAAGGAGCAGGAGAACUAUUUGGAGCUGCAAUUAUGAGCAUUCAAAGAGCUGGCAUGAUUGCUUCUUUGAUCCUAAUGUUAUUCCUUCUCACUGGUGGCUACUAUGUCCAGCACAUACCAGUGUUCAUGAGGUGGUUGAAGUAUUUGUCGUUCAUGUACUAUGGGUUCAGGCUUCUGCUAAAAGUGCAGUACUCAGGAGAUGAACUGUAUGAGUGUGAAAGUGUUGGAGGGUGCAGGACUCUGCAGAGCUCUCCUUCUUUCGACACUGUGAACUUGAAAGGAGGUCUGAAAGAAGUUUGGGUUCUUCUCGCCAUGGCUCUCAUCUUUCGUCUCUUUGCUUACUUUUGCCUCCGCAUCAGAAUUGAUGCCUCCAACCUGUGACACAUACAU